AAAAACAGAAGCAGAGAAACUUGAGACUCUGAUAGAGUCCGACCGGCGACUCUGCGAAUUCUCAGGUCGGCGGAUCCAACUCUCAACUCUAACACUGCACUGACACUUUUUGGACAUGUCGGUGCAUCUCGGUGCUCCAAGUACCCAGCAUGCCAUGCCACCUCCGAAGCAGGGUGCUUCAUAGCUUCUAACUGAUUUAUGCUGAUAUCAGCAGCUAAUGGAAGUCCAUCAUGCAGGGUCCAUAUUUUGGCUGCGAUACUGGACCCAAGACCUAUAUUACGCAUAAACCCACAAACCCCUUUCCUCCAUAAUCAAUCCUCAAGCACCCCUUAUCUCAUGCUUUUUCAUAACAGAACCAUCAAUGUGGAGUUUAGACCACCCUGAAGAUGGUGGGUGCCCUAAAUAUGAUGAUGGAAGAACCCUCCCUUAACAAUAAGGAAGUGCCUGAUGAUGAAUGCAAUGAGAUUCAAAAAGAAGAAGAUGGUGUAAUGACAGAAUUAGAUUAUCAAAAUGGCCUCUCUGAAGGAAGGAAGGAAUUCGUUGCACCUGCUGUUGGAAUGGAGUUUGAGUCAUAUGAUGAUGCUUACAAUUAUUAUAAUUGCUAUGCAAAGGAAGUGGGGUUUCGUGUUAGAGUGAAGAAUUCAUGGUUCAAGCGUAAUAGCAGAGAGAAGUAUGGUGCUGUACUUUGUUGCAGCAGCCAGGGUUUCAAAAGAAUCAAAGAUGUAAAUCGAUUAAGGAAGGAAACAAGAACUGGUUGCCCUGCGAUGAUAAGAAUGAGGUUAGUUGACUCCAAAAGGUGGAGGGUACUAGAAGUUACACUUGAACACAACCAUUUGUUAGGGACUAAGAUCUACAAAUCAAUUAAGAAGAUGGGUGGUGGAAUUAAAAGGAAGACAGAGUCGAAUUGCGAUGCAGAAGUACGAACAAUCAAGUUGUACCGAGCACUUGUGAUUGAUGCAGGGGGGAAUGGGGGCUCGAAUGCUAAUGCAAGAGAAGUAGGGAAUUUUACUGAUCAUCCCAGUCAGCUGAAUCUGAAAAAGGGUGACACACAAGCCAUUUAUAACUAUCUCUGCCGUAUGCAAUUGGCUAAUCCAAACUUCUUUUACUUGAUGGAUCUCAAUGAUGAAGGGCGUUUGAGGAAUGUGUUCUGGGUUGAUGGUAGGUCUAGGGCUGCAUGUGGUUAUUUUGGCGAUGUUAUUUACUUUGACAACACAUAUUUGUCAAACAAAUAUGAGAUUCCUCUUGUGGCAUUUGUUGGAAUUAAUCACCAUGGCCAGUCGGUGUUGCUUGGUUGUGGCCUACUUGCAGGGGAGAUGACAGAAUCUUAUAUUUGGUUGUUCAAAGCCUGGCUUACAUGUAUGUCAGGACGCCCUCCACAAACUAUUAUUACUGAUAGGUGCAAGGCUCUGCAGAGUGCAGUUGCAGAGGUGUUUCCAAGAUCUCAUCAUUGUUUUGGUUUGUCACACAUUAUGAAAAGAGUUCCUGAAAAACUUGGAGGAUUACGUAACUAUGAUGCAAUCAGGAAAUCAAUGGUUAAAGCAGUUUAUGAAACUUUGAAGGUCAUUGAAUUUGAAGCUGCAUGGGGAUUUAUGAUCCAGCGCUUUGGAGUUGGUGAUCAUGAGUGGCUUCGAUCUUUGUAUGAAGAUCGAGUUAGGUGGGCACCCAUUUAUCUGAAAGACACAUUUUUUGCCGGAAUGUCUGCUGCACGUCCAGGUGAGACCUUGAAUCCUUUUUUCGAUAGAUACGUGCAUAAACAGACUCCUUUGAAAGAAUUUCUCGAUAAGUAUGAAUUAGCUCUUCAUAAGAAACACAAGGAAGAAGUCCUUGCAGAUAUUGAGUCAAGAAGCUCAAGCCCCACACUGAAAACAAGAUGUUCUUUUGAGUUGCAGCUCUCAAAAGUGUACACAAGAGAAAUAUUCAAGAAGUUCCAAUAUGAAGUGGAAGAGAUGUAUUCUUGUUUUAGCACAACACAGUUACACGUUGAUGGGCCAAUCAUAAUAUUCUUGGUCAAGGAACGUGUUUUGGGUGAGGGAAAUAGGAGGGAGAUCAGGGAUUAUGAAGUUCUGUACAAUAGAACAGCUGGUGAGGUUCGUUGCAUUUGCAGUUGCUUUAGCUUUUAUGGGUACCUGUGCCGGCAUGCGUUGUGUGUGCUUAAUUUCAACGGGGUGGAGGAGGUCCCUCCUAAGUACAUUCUGUCACGAUGGAAAAAGGAUUACAAGCGGUUAUAUAUUCCGGAUCUUGGCUCUGGUAAUGCAACUGACCGUUUGCAAUGGUUUAAUCAAUUAUACAGGAGUGCCUUGCAAGUUGUGGACGAAGGGGUGAUCUCUCUAGAUCAUUACAAGGUGGCAUUGCAAGCUUUUGAGGAAUCAUUGAAUAGGGUUCAUGAUGUAGAAGGCAGGCAGGCAUUGCAAGCUUUUGAGGAGUCAUUGAAUUUGGUUCAUGAUGUAGAAAGCAGACGGCGCAGAGUGCGGAAUGAAUUUCCAACAGCACAAGCCCAUGCUAUAUCAUGGGACGCAGGCGUUAAGCUUGACACCCAAAAAGAAAAGAUAGAAAAGUCUGGAAAAAAGAGGGUGCCUAGGGAGGCGAUGGAGAUGACGAAUCAAUCGGCGAUUUGUUGGCAACGCAUGAAGGAUGAUGUGGAGAUACUGCGGAAACAAAUAGAGGAUUUAACGACCCGAGUUAACAACAUGGGUGGCCCUAAAGAAGAGGAAAGACCCACGGAGGAGCACAAAGAAGAUAUGGUUUUUCCCAUGUUUGGCGGUCUCUAUCUCGAAGAAGACGACCCAUUGGAAGAGGAAGAACCCACGGUUGACAUUGGCGAUUAUGAACAGGUUGCAGACCUUCCAGGGAAAAAGAGCGAGAGAAGUACAGUAAAUCUAAAGUAUUGCCAAGUGGUGUGUGGGGCCGUCACGACAACCGUUAAGAUGGAUGAAGUUUCUCUCAACAGUGAGCCAGUUGGUGAUGAUGAUGCCGAUGAAUUUGAGAUAGAAGGAGACUGGACAAUGACAGAAUAUGUUGGUCAAAAUGGCAUAAUUGAAGGAGAGAAUCCUCUUCCUCCUGCAGUUGGAAUGGAGUUUGAGUCUUACGAGGAUGUAUAUUACUAUUACAAUUGUUAUGCCAAGGAACAGGGAUUUGGGGUUAGAGUAAGCAACACAUGGUAUAGAAAGAGUAAGGAAAGAUACAGAGGAAAACUUAGCUGCAGCAGUGCAGGUUUUAAAAAGAAAAGUGAAGCAAACCGCCCAAGGCCAGAAACAAGAACUGGUUGUCCAGCAAUGAUAAAAUUUAGAUUGAUGGACUCCAAAAGGUGGAGAAUUAUUGAAGUUGAGCUUGAGCACAACCACUUGAUUAGCCCUAAAAGUGGAAAAUUUUAUAAAUCUCAUAAGCACCUGGGUCUUGGAACCAAAAGAACGUUGCAGUUAGAUGGCAAUGAAGAAGUACAAAAAAUUAGGCUGUUUCGGACAGUGGUUAUUGAUGCUGAGGAUAAUGGAACCGUAGAUGUUGAUGAAGGAGAAUUUGGGAAUAAUGUUGACUACUGCAAUCAAUUGAAGCUUAAAGAAGGAGAUGCUCAAGCAUUUCUUCAGUACUUCUGCUGCGCGCAACUGAUGGAUCCAAACUUCUUCUAUGUGGUAGAUCUCAAUGAGAAGGGAUGCUUGAGGAAUUUGUUUUGGACAGAUGCAAGAGCCAGGGUUGCAUAUGGCUAUUUUGGUGAUGUAGUUACAAUUGACACUACAUGUUUGACAAAAAAAUAUGAAGUUCCCUUGGUGUCUUUUGUUGGAGUAAAUCACCAUGGACAAUCCCUGCUGUUAGGUUGUGGUUUACUUGCUGGUGAGACUACUGAAUCAUAUACAUGGUUGUUUAGGGCAUGGCUUACGGGUAUGUUAGGACGCCCUCCACAAGCUAUUAUUACUGACCAAUGUGCAACCUUACAAACUGCUGUUGCUGAUGUUUUCCCAAGAGCUUCCCACUGUCUGUGCUUAUCAAAUAUCAUGCAGAAAGUUCCUGAGAAACUGGGAGGAUUGUUGGAAUACGAAGCAAUUAAAGCAGCAUUGAGUAGAGCAGUUUAUUACUCGCUGAAGGCUGAGGAAUUCGAAGCAGCUUGGGAGGACAUGAUGCUGCGUCACGGACUGAGGGAACAUAAAUGGCUUCAAGCAUUAUAUGAAGAUCGGAAACGGUGGGUUCCAGUUUAUUUGAAGGAGAUAUUCUUGGCUGGAAUAUUUCCCACCCAACCAAGCGAUGUUGUAUCUUCAUUCUUUGAAGGAUAUCUUGACAAACAAACUAAUUUGAAAGAAUUUUUAGACAAGUAUGAUCAGGCUCUGCAGACCCAACAUCAGCUUGAAGCCUUGGCAGAUAUGGAUUCAAGAAACUCAAGCUAUAUGCUAAAAUCAAGAAGUUAUUUUGAAUUGCAGCUCUCAAAAUUGUACACGAAUGACAUAUUAAGGAUGUUCGAGAGAGAGGUGGAGGGAAUGUACUCUUGUUUUAGCACCAGACAAGUAAAUGGUGAUGGGCCAAUCUUCACGUACAUUGUGAAGGAACAAAUUGAAGUGGAGGGAAACAGGAGGGAAACAAGGGAUUUCGAGGUGGUGUAUAAUGCACCUGAAAUGGAGAUCCUUUGUGUUUGUGGGUUAUUCAACUUUAAAGGUUAUUUAUGCAGGCAUGCACUGUCUCUCCUGAACCAAAAUGGCAUGGAGGAGAUACCAGCUCAGUACAUUCUUUCAAGGUGGAGAAAGGAUAUUACACGAAGUUAUGUUGUUGAUCACAGCUCCAACGGUAUUGAUGCUAAUAACCCAGUUCAUAGGUAUGAUCAUCUCUACAAAUGUGUUGUUCAGGUUGUGGAGGAAGGGAGGAAAUCACAAGAACGUUACAAGGUUGCAGUGCAAGCGUUGGAUGAGAUAUUAAACAAGCUUCAUCUUGUAGAGGAUCAGCCGGUGUAGUUUAUGUAACUUGUAGUAGACGUUUGUACAUAUUAAUGUAAUUUUUUAUCUCUCUCACUUUUCAUUUUAUUAUUCACUCUGAGGAAACAUUUAAACAA